AUGGCAAAACCACCUAUGGUCAAACCAUCUAUGGUCAAACCACCUAUGGAUAAACCAUCUAUGGUCAAACCAUCUAUGGUCAAACCACCUAUGGAUAAACCAGGUAUGGUCAAAUCACCUAUGGUCAAAUCCCCUAUGGUCAAACCAUCUAUGGUCAAACUCCCUAUGGUCAAACUCCCUAUGGUCAAACCAUCUAUGGUCAAACUCCCUAUGGUCAAACCACCUAUGGAUAAACCAGGCAUGGUCAAAUCACCUAUGGUCAAAACCCCUAUGGUCAAACCACCGAUUGUCAAACCACCAGUGGUCAAAUCACCUGUGGUCUAA